UCAGUGCAGCAAGCAAUUAAACAGGAGCAACUUUAUUGUACUUUAUCAGACAAUUUUAAUUUUAAAAAAACAGAACAAGAAAAUAACCUGUUUUAACAAAAGAGACCAGGAGAGGCGCUGCAAGAUAUUUAAGGAAAUUGGAAAUCUCUCUCUCUCUCUCUCUCUCUCUCUCUCUCUCUCUCUCUCUCUCUCUCUUCGAGGGCGUGUUAAAGACAAAGCAGGUCUAUUAUCAUUUGUGUAAUUUAGCAGCGAGAGACACUUGUGAAACACCUGACCGACUGCUCACAACAGCGCUUCAAUCUUUUACCAAGAUGCAGAGGUGGGUUGUGAUCUGUGUGGCCCUUCUGGCUGUGGUUGGUGCUGAUGAGUGUCCAGAUGGAGGGAGAUGUGAAGACGGUCAAACCUGCUGCAGUGACCCGGUUAACGGCUAUGAAUGCUGCCCACUUGAUAAGGCUGAGUGCUGUGGCGAUCACGUGCACUGCUGUCCCGAAGGAACCCUCUGUGAUAUGGCCACAUCCAGCUGUUUGAACUCCAGUGGGUCCGUCCCCUGGGUGGAAAGAAUUUCUGCUGAUCAGCCCGGUCUUUCUAAAUCCUUUAGGAUGAUCAAGGCGUACACGGGGGAGGAUGACGACAACAUCUGUCCUGAUCAGUCGAGAUGUCCACCUGAGUUUUCCUGUCUGAGGGCCUUGACAAAGUUUGGCUGCUGUCCCCUAGCUAAGGGUGUCCCCUGCUCUGAUGGGAAACACUGCUGUCCUGAGGGCCACCAGUGCAGCGCAGACUGCCGUUCCUGCAUCAAAAAAGAGGUUGUGACUACAGUUCUGUGUGGUGACCAAGUGUCAGAGUGUCCAGAUGACACCACCUGCUGUGAAACCCCAGACGGAAGUUGGGGGUGCUGCCCAAUGCCAAAGGCCGUGUGCUGCGAAGACAAGCUGCACUGCUGCCCUGAAGGCAACACAUGUGAUAUCGAACACUCCAAAUGUAUUUCCUCAUCCACCAAAAAACCAACACCGAUGUGGGCCAAACUGCCUGCACGCAUCAGAGCAAACUGGGAAAACCAGAAAGAAGAUGAACCAGUCACAGCACAGAAAGUUGUUGAUGAAGGCCCAAAAUCCCCUGGUGUCACCACAGUCAAUGAUGUCCCGUGUGACGACACUUCAGCCUGUCCAGAUAACACCACAUGCUGUAAAACCCAAGAGGGCGGCUGGGCUUGCUGUCCUAUGCCAGAGGCUGUUUGCUGUGAGGAUUUCAUUCAUUGCUGCCCAAAAGGUACGACGUGUAACGUGGCUGCUGGGAGCUGCGAUGAUGACACUUGCUCUGUGCCAUGGCUCAAGAAGAUCCCCACAAUACCAACACGUCCCAUCUCACGGGCGAGGGAUGUUGUAUGUGACUCCACCAAAAGCUGUCCUGAUGGAUCCACCUGCUGCAAGACCACUACAGGAGACUGGGCCUGCUGCCCUCUGCCUGAGGCGGUCUGUUGUGAAGACCACGAACACUGCUGCCCUACCGGCACCACCUGUGACCUGGCCGAGCUCACCUGUAAUGGCGCCUCAGGCUCAACGCCCAUGAAGCAGAAGAUACCUGCGUUUGUCACGGCGGCUCCCACUACGGUUGCUGAGACAACCGCGACUCCAGGAACAACUGAAGACCAAACAGAAGAGAAUGAUACAGAGAAGCCGACAGAAGAACCUAAAGAGGACGACGACGACGAUGAUGAUGACGAUGAUGACGAUGAUGAUGAUGAUGAUGACGAUAAGACCAUUCAGUGUGACCACACAACCACCUGCCCUGAGUCCGCCACCUGCUGCUUCAUGACUUUGACUAAAAAGUAUGGCUGCUGCCCGCUGCCACAUGCGGUGUGCUGUGCUGACGGGGACCAUUGCUGUCCUGCUGGCUACAAGUGUGACGAAACCAAGACCUCGUGCAUCAGAGAGGAACUGGUGAUUCCCUGGUACACCAAGAUUCCAGCCACCACCAGCGUCCAGGCCGAGCCCAGCUCUGUGCACUGCGACGGGCAGAAUCAGUGUCCUGAACACACCACCUGCUGCCAGCUGUCCACGGGCAAGUGGGGCUGCUGCCCGCUGCCAAAUGCUGUGUGCUGCACAGAUAAGGAGCACUGCUGCCCCCAGGGUUACACCUGCAACAUGGCCUCAAACUCCUGCCAGAAGGUCAUCAUGCUGCAGCUGGAGACCAUCCCGCUCACACCAGUGUAUCUGCUCGAGCAUCAAACCCUUCGCAGCCCCUCCAAGCAAAGAGACGUCCAGUGUGAUGAAGAGACCAGCUGUCCAGAUGGAAUGACCUGCUGCAAAGUGUCUGCUACCGCAUGGGGCUGCUGUCCGGCUCCUAAUGCGGUGUGCUGCAGUGACAUGAUACACUGCUGUCCUCAAGGCCAGACCUGCACUGACACUGGGGAUUGCGUCCAGAACACCAGGCUCAGCUGGCGGGACUGGCACAUGGUCUUCGCCAACAAGAAGAGAGCUCUAGUUGUGUGAAAACACUCCUCCGCUGUACUGCUGUUUGUUUCUGCAUGCAAUGCACAAAUGGAAAAUAAUGUCAAAGGGAUUUUAUGAUAAUUUUUAAAUGCUUUGUUGAGGAAUACGUGGAGGGGAUGCUGUUAUAAUUAAUUGCACUUGGGGGGGAGGUUUGAUGUUCUGUGAACUUGGAGUUGCAACAAAAACUACAUGCAAAAAGAUCAGUGCAUUAACAUUUGAAUUACUAUUUUCUAAGUCAGGUGGGUCGUUGUUAUUCCAAGCACACAUUUUACAACUUACUUGAAACUCUACUACUCCAUCCAUAAAAACACUUGACAUGCAACAUGAUUUUAUUCACUAUCAGUCAUCUUGUUUCUGUGUGUUCUGCUUCAGCUGCCUUGUACUACAAAGUGCACUUCAAUAAUCAGUAAUCAGUCACAAUUGGGGGCAUCAUUCUGCAUAUUUUUAUUAUUUUAAAUGUAUGUGAUUCCAUCUCAUGAAAAAUUAUUCUGCUGUAGUUCUGUUUUCUGGUCAGCACUUUAGACAAUAGUUAAUUCUGACAUAAUCUGCAAUGAUGUAUUCAUUUUAAGAGUUUUAAUUAUGUGCAUCCUGUUCUAACUUUUGUUAUUUUGGGAAUUGAACAUACACCAUGAUGCAAACAUGAAGAAAUAACAUGCUAAGUGCAGCUUAAUCUGCAUAAAACCAUAAAACUAAUAAACCUGAUCUGAUGUAACAACA